CCCAAUCCGAAUCACAAACGCGAGCCGUCUCCUCCUUGUUUCACCAGAAAAACAGUGUUGAAAAGAGGCGUAAGGUUUUGAUUUUGAAGUUAUAUGUUCAUCGUCGACGCAUAUUGAAAGCAACUACAAUGGCAAAGCGAGAGAUCUCCAGUACUUUGAGGAACUUAAAGUUUAUGCAAAGAGCAGCUAAGAACGAGGAGAAAGCUAAGAAAGAAGAAGAGGUUAAGCCCGAAGGGAAUUUUUUCCCCCCUGGAAUCGUUAAUAGGAGAUGCGUGGUCAUAAUGGAAGGGGAUCCUCACCCAGGGGCAGUCAUCGGAAGGAUGUCCUUUCAGAGUUUUAAUCCUUCUAUUGAUAAACUGAAUGAAGAUGCAACAAAUAUUCGUCCGCCAGACACUUCUGCUACUUGUUCCAGCAAUCAAGGUGGAAGAGUGUCAUUUAGAGAAAGUGGAUCUUCACCAAAUGUAGCUGAAUGCUCAAAACUUGAGCAAGAUUCUGAGCCUAAUGGCGACCAUAAAAGGAGACAGUCUGAUAUAGUGUCUGAACCACAAUAUCCCAACAAAUUACCAAAAAACAUAGAAGCUAAUCAACAUUCAUCACGGAACAACAGUAAGGAUUCCUGCAAGCAGCCAAAGCAUACCAAACUUAACUGGAGAGCCCUAAGACCACCACGACCUAAAAACAAAAAGGAUGAGCUUCAUUAGCAGAUUCGAGCUGUGUUAGUUUCUCCAACAUCUGCUUUCUGUUUACUACAUUUGAACAGUAUCUUUGUGGUCAUAAUAUAUUUAUUUUAUAGUAAAGGAAAUUAGAAUUUGACUAUUGUUUUCAAGCA